AUGUCUUAUACGCGUUCCGCCAUUGUCACUGGCGGUACUAUGAACCUUGGUUAUCAUGCUGCCAUGACCAUUGCCCGUCAACAUCCGGAUUGGCUUGUUGUAGUUUGUUCAAGAUCUGAUCGAGAACAUGCAGCUGAAUCAAUCAACGAAGCCUUAAAGCAGAGCAAUACAGUUUUCAUGCCCCUUGACUUGUCAAGUUCGAAGAGCGUUCGCGACUUCGCAAGGAAUUGGUCGGCCAAGAAUCACCCUCCCGUCCAAGCACUCUGCCUCAAUGCUGCUCUGCAGUUUCCGGGCAAGAUAGUUUAUACACCUGAAGGUCUCGAGGCUACCUUCGCCAUCACCCAUGUCGGCCACGCUCUCCUGUUCCAUCUCAUCUGCUCUCAUCUUGCACAGAAUGCGAGGAUAGUAAUCACCUCCAGCGGAACCCAUGAUCCCGCUAUCAACAGCGGCUUGCCCGUUGCUAUUUACACAACGGGCGAAGAACUAGCUCAUCCGCCACCAGCGAUUGCAGAAGGGCCGGGCCGCCGACACUACGCUAACGCCAAGCUUGCCAAUAUCUUGUGGACAUACGCUUUGCAUAAGCGACUCAGCGAGAAAGUUCCGGAUCGCAGUAUCACCGUCAACGCUUUCGACCCUGGUCUCAUGCCAGGUACGGGGCUUGCGCGUGAAGCCAGUCCAUUGAUGCGUUGGGCAUGGGACAAAGUCAUGCCCAAGAUCACGCCGGUGCUGAGGGUCACCUUCACUGACAACAUCCACAGGCCAGAAGAAUCGGGUGCUUCGCUAGCUCGUUUAGCUAUCUCGCCUGGGACUGAAGGGAUCUCUGGGAAGUACUUUGAGGGUACAAAAGAGAUCUGUUCAAGCAAGGAUAGUUAUGACGAGAAGAAGAUUGAGGACUUGUGGCAAUGGACCGUCAAGUAUUGCGCGCAGGAUGAGGCUGAGGCGGCACACUUUGAACAAUUGAGGUAA